GUCCUCACCUGCUGCGUGAGGCGCGGCACCUGGGCAGAGCCAGGAGGACCCAGACCCGGGAACCUUGCGCGUAAACACGUGCAGAAAAUGCCAAGUAGGAAAUUUGCCGAUGGUGAAGUGGUAAGAGGCCGAUGGCCCGGGAGUUCACUUUAUUAUGAAGUGGAAAUCCUGAGCCAUGACAGCAGCUCCCAGCUUUACACCGUAAAAUACAAAGAUGGAACCGAAAUUGAACUGAAAGAGAAUGACAUCAAGCCUUUAACUUCCUUUAGGCAAAGGAAGAGUGGCUCAUCUUCCAGCUCUCCCUCCAGACGCAGAGGGAGUCGGUCUCGGUCUCGAUCACGGUCACGGUCUCGCUCCCGAUCCCCUGGUUGGCCACUCAGAAGUUCCCGCAGGUCCGCCUCUGCUUCCUACCAGGCUGACAUUAGAGAAGCAAGGAGGGAAAUUUUGGAAGUUAAAUUGACUCCACUAGUACUGGAGUCGUUUAGAAAUAGCAUCAACAGAUACAAUGGAGAGCCCGAGCGCAUCGAGAAGAAUGACGUAGCUCACAGAAGCACGCAGGAAAAAUUCCAUUUGCCGGAAGAAAGUAGUUAUAUGUCUGCACAGUAUAGCCUUCGUCCAAGAAGAGAAGAGAUCACAUUAAAAGAAAUAGAUUCUAAGGAAGAAACGUUUGUUACAAAAGCACCUGCAUUGUUGAAAACCUUUGAAGUGACCACAACCCAGACAAAGGACUUGGAGUUUGGAGGAGUGCCUGGUGUGUUCCUCAUCAUGCUUGGGCUGCCUGUCUUCCUCUUCCUGUUGCUGUCGAUGUGUAAACAGCGAGAUCCAAGUCUUCUGAAUUUCCCUCCUCCUUUGCCAGCUUUGUCUGAGUUAUGGGAAACCAGAGUAUUUGGGGCCUACCUCCUCUGGUUUUUUGUUCAAGCUCUGUUCUACCUGCUGCCGAUUGGGAAGGUUGUAGAAGGAGCACCUCUUAUUGAUGGAAGAAGACUCAAGUAUAGAUUAAAUGGCUUCUACGCGCUCGUCCUGACGUCUGCGGCGGGGGCCGGCUGGGCCCUGCUUGGGGGCGCGGAGCUGGCGCGCGUGCACGAGCGCAUCCUGCCGCUGGCGGCGGCGGCCACGGCGUUCGCGGGGGCCCUGAGCGCGUACCUGUACGCGCGCGCCCGGAGGGCACCUGCCCGGGACCUGUCACCUGCCUGCUCCGGAAAUGCUGUCUAUGAUUUCUUCAUGGGCCGUGAAUUAAAUCCUCGAAUUGGUACUUUUGAUCUCAAAUACUUUUGCGAGUUGCGCCCUGGACUGAUUGGAUGGGUGGUUAUUAACUUGGUGAUGCUUUUGGCCGAAAUGAAGUUACAGGGACGUGCCACUCCAUCCUUGGCAAUGAUUUUGGUUAACAGUUUCCAGCUCCUGUACGUGGCGGACGCUCUCUGGAAUGAGGAAGCGUUGUUGACGACCAUGGACAUCAUCCACGAUGGAUUUGGGUUCAUGCUGGCUUUUGGAGAUUUAGUGUGGGUUCCCUUCAUCUACAGCUUCCAGGCCUUUUACUUAGUCAGUCAUCCCAAUGAAGUGUCUUGGCCCAUGGCUUCUCUAAUCAUUGCUGUAAAACUCUGUGGAUAUAUAAUCUUCCGAUGUGCAAAUUCUCAGAAAAAUGCAUUCCGGAAAAAUCCCACUGAUCCAAAGCUUGCACAUUUAAAAACCAUUCACACUGCGACGGGAAAAGACCUCCUGGUUUCGGGAUGGUGGGGUUUUGUCCGCCACCCCAAUUACUUGGGCGACCUCAUCAUGGCCCUGGCGUGGUCCCUCCCAUGUGGUUUUAAUCAUGUUCUGCCUUAUUUCUAUGUGAUCUACUUCACCAUGUUGCUUGUCCACCGAGAAGCUCGCGACGAACACCGGUGUAAGAAGAAAUACGGCCUGGCUUGGGAAAAGUACCGGCAGCGGGUGCCCUACCGUAUAUUUCCAUACAUUUACUAAUUUUGUUCCGGCAUAUUUUUUAAAUGCUCUUACAAAUUUGGCUUCCUCCACUUGCAAAAAUAAGAAAAAAAAUCCAAAACUUUCUUUUGUUGCACUGACAGGAUCUGUAAAUUUUUUUUCAAGUCAGGACUAAGAGCCAAGUAAUAGAUCUUU